AUGGGAGAGGAAGAGAAGAAAAUGGAGGAGAAGAAAUCGGAAGAAGGAGAAGAAUCCGGCAAGAAACCCGAAGAGAAGUCACCGGAGAAAGAUCCGAAGGAAGAGGAGAAGAAGCCUCAGGAGAUUGUUCUUAAGAUUUACAUGCACUGCGAAGGCUGCGCCAAAAAAGUUCGUCGGUGUCUAAAAGGAUUCGAAGGGGUUGAUGAUGUAAUGACGGAUUGUAGAACUAGUAAGGUCAUUGUGAAAGGAGACAAAGCAGAUCCAUUGAAGGUGUUGGAGAGAUUGCAGAGGAAGAGCAACCGUCAAGUGGAGCUUCUUUCUCCGAUCCCGGAGCCGAAACCGGCCGAGGAACCGAAGGAGAAGUCCACCGGAGACGAGAAACCUAAAGCCGAGGAGAAAAAGGAUGAGGUAGUGACAGUGGUGUUGAGAGUUCACAUGCAUUGUGAAGCAUGUGCCAUGGAGAUCCAAAAGAGAAUCAUGAGAAUGAAAGGAGUGGAGAGUGCGGAGCCAGAUUACAAGGCGUCACAGGUGAGCGUCAGAGGAGUUUUCUCUCCGGCGAAGUUGGUCGAAGACAUAUACAGAAGAACCGGCAAACACGCCGCCGUGGUCAAGCAAGAUCCGCCGCCGGAAAAAGACAAAGAGACCAAAGAGAAAGAGGACGAGAAGAAGAAAACGGACGGAAAGAAACAAGAAGAGACGACAAAGCAAGAAGAUCAAGCCAAAGAUUCCUCCGACGGCGGCGGAGAGGCCAAGCCGGCGGCGGAAGGUGGCGGAUCUACGGCGGAGGAGGCCGGAAAAGUGGUGGAGACGAAGAGGAACGAAUAUUAUUAUAGUUAUCAUCCGCCGAGGUACACGAUGGAGAAUAUGCACGCGUAUCCGCCUCAGAUCUUCAGCGACGAGAACCCAAAUGCCUGUACCCUGAUGUAAUAACACGUCGGUGCCAGGGGUAUUUUUGUAAUUCAAUAAAUGCGUCGGUGGUCAAGGCGUUUUUGGUUAUUAUUUAUAUUUACACUUUAAUUGUGUGUCUUUAAUUUAACCUACUCUCCUGUUUUAA